AUGGGCCAGUACCACGACCACCACCACCACCACCUGCUGCGCGGCGUCGGCGUGGGCGUCGGCGUGGGCGUCGGCGUCCCGCUGGGCGACGUCUACAGCUGCGUCAAGUGCGAGAAGAUGUUCUCGACGCCGCACGGGCUCGAGGUGCACGCGCGGCGGUCGCACAACGGCAAGCGGCCCUUCGCCUGCGAGCUCUGCAACAAGACCUUCGGCCACGAGAUCAGCCUCAGCCAGCACCGCGCUGUCCACAACGUGGAGAAGGUCUUCGAGUGCAAGCAGUGCGGAAAGUCGUUCAAGCGCUCCUCCACGCUUUCGACGCACCUGCUGAUCCACUCGGACACGCGGCCCUACCCCUGCCAGUUCUGCGGCAAGCGCUUCCACCAGAAGUCCGACAUGAAGAAGCACACCUACAUACACACCGGGGAGAAGCCGCACAAAUGCCAGGUGUGCGGCAAGGCGUUCAGUCAGUCCUCGAACCUCAUCACCCACAGCCGCAAGCACACGGGUUUCAAGCCGUUCGCCUGCGACCUGUGCGGGCGCGCCUUCCAGCGAAAGGUGGACCUCCGCCGCCACAAGGAGACGCAGCACACGGAGCUGAGGCCGGUGGCGUAG